AUGCAGAAACUGAAUGCUGUCAGUGUGCCUCGUUGCUUUUUCAAAGGGGUCAACAGUUCCAUGCUCAAGGAUGUGGAAGCUCAUCUCUUCGUAGAUGCAAGCGAACUAGCUUGUGCGGCUGUUCUAUAUCUUCGAUUCUGCAGUGGAUGCGGGCCUAGAUGCGUGUUGGUAGCGGCAAAAACCAAAGUUUCACCGUUAAAACCGCUAUCUAUCCCACGUCUUGAGUUACAAGCGGCGAUGAUCGGAACGAGAUUGAUGGAUUGUGUGCUUAAAUCGCUAGACAUCAAAAUUACUAACCGCUUCAUUUGGACGGACUCUACUACCGUGCUUUGUUGGUUGCGAUCCGACAGUCUACGAUACCACCAGUUCGUACCUUUCCGUGUAGGAGAAAUUGUCACUACAACCAGUGUAGAUGAGUGGCACUAUGUACCUUCGAGAAUGAACAUCGCCGAUGCUGCCACCAAGUUUAAGGACGGGCCGAACUUUGACCCAAACAGCCCGUGGUUUAAAGGACCAGAAUUCUUGUACCAAACACCAGAUCACUGGCCCUCAGAACCGUCAUUAAAUCGAGCAGAGGCCGAAACCGAAUUACGUUCAGUGUUUCUUUACCACGGGACGAUUCUUUAUUCGUUGAUAGAUGCUUCUAGGUUCUCAAACUGGAAUCGUUUACUGAGGACGACAGCAUACGUACUACGAGCUGGGCGCCGGUUCAAAGGUGAAAAAGUUAUCAAACCGUGUUUCAUGUCUAAGAAGGAAUUGUUUCUAGCAGAGAAACUCUUAUGGCAACAAAUACAAGCGGAAUCGUACCCAGAUGAGUAUGUCAUUCUACGUCGUAAUCGAGAAAACUGUACAAGUCCAGUUUCAAUACCGAAGUCUAGUGCCCUAUACCGACUGUCGGUUUUUAUUGAUGAUUACGGUGUUAUCCGGAUGAACAGCAGAAUAUCCGAGGCACCAACUGUGCCGUACGAUACCAAGUUUCCGAUUCUACUAUCCAGAAAGCACGUUGCAGUACACCUUCUGGCCGAAAGCUAUCACCGAAAGUUUCGCCAUGGGAACAACGAGACGGUCUGUAAUGAAAUGCGUCAACGAUUCUUCGUACCCGGACUGCGAGUUUUAAUUCGGAAGAUAUCAAAGCAGUGCAUGACCUGUCGCGUUGGAAAGGCAAUCCCUGUUCCUCCUAUGAUGUCAUCGCUACCGUCAGCUCGCGUUACUGGAUUGUACAGUGGUCCAGGAAGCAAAAUUAGCAGGAAACAAUUGUUUAUGCUUUUAUUAUUGGGCUUAGAGAUUUGA